CACGUUCGAGUGCAAGGCGCGAAUCGCAGCAGAGCCAUUUUUAACUUCAAAACUCCCACGCGGCUCGCGCUCACCUCCGAGCUCGACACCGGCACAAAUGGCGUCGCCCGCGUCGUCGUCGGCGUCGUCGUCUUCGCUGAUGUGGUUCAGGAAAGGCCUCAGGAUCCACGACAACCCCGCGCUGCAGCACGCCGCCUCGCGGGCGCGGGGUCCCCUCUACCCGGUCUUCGUGAUCGACCCGCGCUACAUGGAGCCGGACCGGGCCGCCUUCUCCCCCGGCUCGCCCCGGGCGGGGGUGAACCGGAUCCGGUUCUUGCUCGAGUGCCUGGCCGAUCUGGACGCCGGCCUCAGGAGGCUCGGCUCGCGGCUGCUGGUGCUGAAGGGGGAGCCCGGCGAGGUGCUGAUCCGUUGCUUGGAUGAGUGGAAUGUCGACAGGCUUUGCUUCGAGCACGACACUGAACCUUAUUACCAAGCUCUGGAUAAGAAAGUUAAGAACUUUGCAUCUGCUGCCGGCAUCGAGACAUUCUCGCCCGUGAGCCAUACGCUGUUUGAUCCCGCAGACGUUAUAGCGAGAAAUGGAGGAAAACCACCUUUGAGUUACCAAUCAUUUCUGAAGCUUGCUGGAAAACCCUCAUGGGAGGGGUCGCCGCUUUCGACCAUGCUUUCUUCUGUUCCUCCGGUUGGGGAUGUUGGAAGAUGCGAGGUUUUUGAAGUUCCUACACUGAUUGAACUUGGUUACGAUGAGACUGAGCAGGAUGACGUGGCCCCUUUCCGAGGUGGAGAAACUGCAGCAUUGACAAGAAUGAAAGAGGCACUCAGUAACAAGGCUUGGGUAGCAGAUUUCGAGAAACCAAAGGGCGAUCCUUCUGCUUUUUACAAGCCAGCCACAACAGUUUUAUCGCCCUACUUGAAAUUUGGAUGUCUCUCAUCCAGAUACUUCUACCAAUGCCUACAAGACAUUUAUAAGGAUGUCAAUAAGCAUACUUCACCUCCUGUUUCUCUUCUCGGCCAGUUGUUGUGGCGAGAUUUCUUCUACACAGCAGCUUUUGGUACUCCUAAUUUUGAUAAGAUGAAGGGUAACAGGAUUUGUAAGCAGAUACCUUGGAGCGAUGACGAGCAACUGCUUGCUGCUUGGAGGGAAGCUAGGACAGGAUACCCUUGGAUUGAUGCUAUCAUGGUGCAGCUCCGCAAGUGGGGUUGGAUGCACCACCUAGCUCGUCAUUGCGUAGCAUGUUUCUUAACACGUGGAGAUCUGUUUGUUCACUGGGAAAAAGGACGAGAUGUUUUUGAGAGACUACUCAUCGACUCUGACUGGGCAGUCAACAAUGGAAACUGGCUGUGGUUGUCAUGUUCUUCAUUUUUUUACCAGUAUAAUCGCAUCUAUUCUCCAAUAACCUUUGGGAAAAAAUACGACCCCAAUGGCAGCUACAUACGCCAUUUUUUACCUGUAUUGAAGGAUAUGCCAAAGGAGUAUAUUUAUGAACCAUGGAAAGCUCCCUUGAGCAUUCAAACUAAAGCAAAGUGCAUAAUUGGAAGAGAUUAUCCAAAUCCAGUGGUCUCUCACGAUUCAGCCAGCAAAGAGUGCAGACGGAAGCUGGCCGAAGCAUAUGCUGUAAACCAGAGACUGAAUGGCAUGGUGAGCGAUGAAGAUCUGAAGAGCCUGAGGAGAAAGCUGGAAGAAGAUCAAGAAAAGGAGCCGAGAAAUACAAAGCAAAGGCGAAAACGCAGUGGCUGAUUUCGAAAAUCAACGUAAUCCUUCCUACCGGCAAGGCUGACAAAUCUAUCGUGGAUAGUGUCGUCAUGCUUCUAAAUUUAUGCCGAAGGGCGCGGGAAGUUAUGGUCUCACAGAUCAACUGGACUACUUUUGAUUGUAACUAGCAUAGCAUCUGACUUGGUUGAUGACUGUUGUGCUCUUCGACUCGAUAAGCUAGUUGUAAAUAUUGUGAAUGAGCAGAAGUAGUUCCAUGCCAUGACUCUCAGCAGAGGUAGGUUCAUUUUUAACUAGGUGAAAUGCAUUGGACAACCAUCAAGAUAAAGCUUCAAGUUGGCCUAGGGCUGAUCUCUUAGAAUCAGAGAAUGGAAGUGGUAAUUCACAUUCA